AUGGCGACCUUUGAGACGAUGGCCGAAACGAAGACCUCCGAUGGACACAAGGUCGUCGGCGUAGUGCAGCGCUCCAAGGCGAAGACGGUACACUUCAUCCGCCACGCUGAAGGAACGCACAACGAGGCAGCGCUCAAGGAGGGCCGAGCAGCCUAUGCUAAGAUUGAGCACCUCGACGCCAGGCUUACCGAUCUCGGCAAGCAGCAGUGCGCGACAUUGAAGGCGACGAAGCACGGCAUCGAAAAGGAGGCGCAGCUGGUCGUUGUUUCUCCGCUUGCCAGAGCGAUACAGACCGCCACGUUGACCAUUGAUCAGGUAGAGGGAGUGCCGUGGGUGGCGCUGGAGUGCGUGAGGGAGCGAGCGGGAGCGCACCCUUGUGACCGCCGGAGAUGCGUGAGCGAGCUCAAGGGGGAGUACCCGAACAUUUCCUUCGAUGCCAUCAAGGACGAGAAGGACGUCUACUUCGAUUCCCUGGGCGAAGAGAGAGAGCCGAACGACCUGAUGGCCGAUCGCGGGAGAGAGCUCUUCUCCUGGCUAAAGGAUAGGCCGGAGACCAACAUCGUCGUGGUAACCCACAGCGCGUUCUUGCUGUGCCUCUUCAACGAGGCGAUGCAGGCGGCGCCGGAGACGGCCAAGUGGUUUGAGAAUUGCGAGCUACGGAGCGUGUUCCUGGAGCUGUGA